AUGGGUUGCAUAUGCUCCAAAGGAAACACGAGUGAUCAUAUCGUCGCCGAAAAUCGCAGAGAAUUGAAGACUAAGAAAUCAUCAAAGCGUUUGGUUGUGAGUAAUAGGGACAACGACGCAACUACACACCUCAUCUCAAACACAAACGCGUAUCGCGAUUCAUCCGAUGAAGGAGACAGAGAUAAAGAAAUUCAUAUUGCGACGGAAGGAACGGGAUCAGAAGAAGAUAUUAAGAAUAUAACUAGAAGCUUUAGUGUCAAGAGCAAUGAUGAAAGAGGGAUCGGUAUUGUUGAAGGCUGGCCUUCUUGGCUCACUGCUGUUGCCAGCGAAGCCAUCGUUGGUUGGGUUCCUCGUAGAGCAGACUCUUUUCAUAAAUUGCAAAAGAUUGGACAAGGAACUUAUAGCAGCGUUUACCGAGCUCGUGAUCUUGAGACUAACAAAAUUGUUGCUUUGAAGAAGGUGAAAUUUGCUCCUAUGGAUCCUGAAAGUGUUCGUUUUAUGGCGAGGGAAAUUAUUCUUCUGCGAAAGCUUGAUCAUCCGAAUGUCAUGAAACUUGAAGGAAUUAUUACUUCAAGGUUUUCUGGAAGUUUGUACCUUAUUUUCGAAUAUAUGGAACAUGAUCUUACUGGCCUUGCAACAUUGCCUCGCAAGAACUUUACCGAAGCACAGAUCAAGUGUUAUAUGCAACAGCUUCUUCGUGGUCUUGAGCAUUGUCACAGUCAAGGUGUUAUGCAUCGUGACAUCAAAGGUUCAAACCUUCUGCUUGACAAUAAUGGCAAUCUGAAGAUUGGUGAUUUUGGACUUGCAACUCUGUUUCAGCCAUCUCAAGAGCAGCCUUUAACAAGUCGGGUAGUAACGUUGUGGUACCGGCCACCUGAACUUUUGCUUGGAGCUACAAACUAUGACGUUUCUGUGGAUUUGUGGAGUGCUGGUUGUAUUCUUGCAGAACUGUUAACUGGAAAACCUAUAAUGCCUGGACGAACUGAGGUGGAGCAACUGCAUAAAAUCUUCAAACUUUGUGGAUCUCCUUCUAAAGAAUACUGGAAGAAGACAAAGCUACCGCAUGCUACAAUUUUUAAACCUCAACAACCUUACAAACGUAUUCUUUCUGAGACAUUCAAGGAUUUUCCUUCAUCAGCAUUGAGUCUCUUGGAGGUUCUACUUGCUAUUGAACCAAAAGAUCGAGGAACUGCAUCUUCAGCACUUCAGAAUGAGUUCUUCACAUCAAAGCCACUUCCUUGUGAUCCAUCGACUUUGCCAUCAUACUCACCGAGUAAGGAGUUUGAUGCCAAACUUCGUGAAGAGGAAGCUAGAAGACGACGAGCAGCAAAUAAAGGACAUGGACAGGAAUUAGCUGGAAGGAGUUUUAAAGAAUCUAAGGUUGUACCAGCACCUGACGCUAAUGGCGAGCUUCAGGCUUCCAUAGAGAAAAGACGAGGACAGUGUUAUUCAAAACGCAUCAGUGAGAAGUACAAUCCUGAAGAGGAAGGAGAUUAUGGCUUCCCUAUUGAACCUGCUAAGGAAGUGGCACAUAAUACCUUAUCUGAUUCAGGCCAGUUAAUGCAUCAAGGUGCAUAUGGAUCGUCAUGCAAUAUGAAUUUGAAAGAGGAAAUUGUUGUUGCUGCCCCCGAUCGUGUCUUUACAUCAAAAAACUCUAAACUGAGAAAACAAAAUUCCUACAGGCAAGGUAGCAGCACUGCACAGUUGUCAAGAUUUUCUAAUUCAGUUGCAGUUCGAGGUGAAUCACAGCUUGAUAUGAGUAAAGACUCUAGUUUGAAUUCACAGUGGCAAGAAGAUCACUUUGAUUUGAGAUAUAGUGAUUUGACUGAUGGUGAGUCCAAUCAAAUGCUGGAUGAAACCAAAUAUUUACGCAAGAAAGACUUCCAUCUAUUGGGGAAGGAUCGUGCCAUGGGUAUUGCUCCCAAAAAUGGGCACAUAAACUAUUCUGGCCCCCUACUGCCUCCAGAGGCUAAUAUUGAUGAGAUCCUUAAGGAGCAUGAAAGACAAAUCCAACAAGCUGUGCGCAAAGCCCGUCUGGUUAAGGACAAGAAUAAAAAGGGUGCCAGUGAGAUUGGGCAAUCUGAGACACUAGUUCACCAAAUGAGAUAUGGCAAGUCACAUAUCAAAGAGUUUUGA